AUGGCCGCAGGUUGGGUGGAUCACGAGGAUCUGCUUUUCCAGCAGCACGGCUGGGCAGAGAGCUGGCUCCAUGUGCCACUAAAGGUGAGGCGGCUGAUGCACCUGGACCAGUUGCCGAUGCUGCCUUGCCACAUUGCAUUGUUGCUGAUCUUCUUCGUGAUUCUCAGUCUGGCUACAGCGUUCUUCGAAGCGACGUCGAGUGCUCUGCAGCAGACUCAGCGGGGGACGAAUCGCUUCUAUGCAAGUUUCGUCUUGGCGGACAUAGUGCAAGAUGGCUUGAGGACAAGCUCCAUGAUGUCGAAGAUCACCUCGCUGGUGUUCUUUCUAAUUAACUUGUUGGUGAUAUGCCUGUGGGCCUUAAGCACCAAGCAUGGCUUAGUCUGGUCCUGUUCCAAAGCGUACUCCAGCUUCCUUUUCGGCUGGCUACCUGACUGGGCUCCGCUUGUGGCGGGUGUUGUAUACGGCGCUCUGUCCGUGCUGCAUGGCUACACUUUGAGCAUGCCUACGACCGUGUCGAACGUGGAGGGGCCAAAGCCGGACGAGUUCCAAUUCCACUGGAUCCCCGACACGUGGGUCGCAUACAAAGAAGUCUUCGUGACCACUGUCGGCAUCUGGUUUGAGACCACGAUGGACGUGGGUCAGAGCAUGAUAUUUUUUCGUGCUGGCCAGCCCUUCUUUGCCACAAUCAUCUUCGUUGGUGUUGGCAUGCAGAUCAGCAUGCUUUGGAUUGACUCCUUGCGAAAAGGUGCCUGGGACGUGCAGCUGCUGUUGGCAGCACUGCUGCAAUCCGACACGAUCCAGGCAUGCCGCGGAUCGUGGAGCAAGGGAAUGCUGCUAUCGGAGCUGUACCAGAAGGCAUACCGUGAAGCUGCCAGCGAGGCAUACCUGAGCUUGCUUGUGGGGAUCUUCGGGUUGGUGACUGUGCCGCUGAACAGUUCCUUGGAUAUGUGUUUCUUGCUGGUGUCGGUGCUUUUCUCGCUGAAGUCGGUGAUGACCGGCGUGUCAAUGUCGGCCGAACUGCUGGCUGCAGCGGAAGAAGUUCCAUGCUCAGGCGACGUCGUUCCUUGCUGCGUUCCCCUGAUCCCCCACAACGACUACUACAGCCGCAAGAGCUUCGCGGCUCAGCGCAGCCUGCACGUCGUGAGCAUCUUCCGAUUGAGCGAAGCUUUAGCGGUUGCAUGCACCCUGGCAGUCUGCAUCCGGUGUAGCAGCGUGGUGACCACGUGGAAAGUGUGCUACUUCGUCGGGCUUUUUAGCCUUGCGCUGGUCUUUGCACUCGUGGUAUACCGCGGCGGCUGGGCCUCGCUCCGCCGCUUCACCGAGCUCUGGGAGACCACCGUCGGGACCUUUUGGCUGGAGGGCGACUGGGAGCCUCUGGACCUUGCAGAAAAUGAUGCUCCGAGGCUUUCCUUUCGUGGAGGCACCGUCAAGCUCCAGUAUGGAGAGUUCAAGGCUGACGAAUCCAAGCAAUGCAGGCGCUAUCUGGAGGGGGGCGACUUCAACAACGCCUUCCAACUGGUAGACAGCCAGCAGCAGCAAGAGCGCUCGGUGGUCUCAACGAAGUGGGUGCUGGCCUUGCAAGGCGAACAGCUGCAUGCGCAUUGGGCGGCCUGGGCACGGACUGGCAGCAUGCGAAAGUGCACCGCCUUCUACCUCCGAGCUGCCAUCUUCGUGAUAGCGACUGUCGUGGUAGGUGCCGUCGGUUUGCUUCUUGCCAUGUUGGUGGUGCCUGCUUGGCAGGUGAUGCUGUGGAGUGGCGCGGUCACGAGACCCAGCCAGGAGCAAAAAGAUAUGAGUGAUGUCGUCACCAUACCAUCGGAUUUCGCUGCGCACCUGUGCCAGAAGUGUGUUUGGCUUCUCAUCACUUGGUCCCUGCUGUGCGUUUCCUUCCUGAAUGAGGCCGUCUCCCCGUUCAGCUUCAACACGAUGGCGGCCGAGAUCGUCGUGCAAUUGAAGGAAGGCAUGAAGGAGGACGGCUUGUCACUAGCUCUCGUGUCCAACAUCGACUUCAUUUCCGGAGCAGCUGAACUGGUGACGGUUAUGGUCGGACUGCUCGGGAGCAUCGCGCUGCCUGUAUGUUCCUGUUGGCUUCACCUUCAGCGUUGCCGCUGGAGGCGAGACGAUGGACGUCUUCAGUACCACCUUGCAAACACAGUGCUUGUGGCCUGCCAUCGACAUCUGUUGGUUACACACGCAAAGCCGUAUGCAGACAUGUUGAGCCACGAUGCACUUGAAGGGAUCCAGAAGACAAAGUUGUCAGUGGGUAUUCGCCCCUCCCGCACAGAAGCCGGCAUGGUAUCAUUGAUCGUAGAGGCAGCCAUUGAUACUGCCUAUGGCAAGGCAGACAGGAUGCACUUUUACGAAUUUCCUGUCACCGUUGUGCAGUUGACCGAGCUCCAGAAGUAUAUCAGCAAAAACACAAACGACAGGCAACCUGUUCAGGUCCCCCAGUCCUGGCCACAGAUCGAAGAAGUUCAGGGUUGGCAUCUUUGUGGCGGCUGCGAUAUGACGUCCGUGGGGUAUGGAGAGCCCGUUCUGGUUGGUCAGCUGGAGCAUCUAGUGAGCAAUCUAGUUCAGGAUUUCAGCAAGUCAGGUGCCCGAAAGAUCAAACUCAUGUUCAGCAAGCCUGUGUGCGAGAUUCCUGGCAUGAUGACCUCGAUCGAGAGGCUUCUGCGGGACCAGUUCACGAGUGUCGCGAAAGAUAGGCGAUUGAGUCAUGUACUCGAUGACCUCAUGAAUAUUUCAAUGUUGCUUCGGGAUGGCUGCUUGCCGCAAUUGCCGGCGGAACCUUUGCUUGACUUCAGCAAGCGUUACCAGCUGUUGGCUGACCGCAUGGAGACGAUGCGGCACUCCAUCAGCUGGAGCACGGACCCGCUUUUUGCACGACCACCCACACCCGGAUCUGGGUCGACUUCGUUCGGAUGGUUGUGUAAGUUGUGUACAUUCUGUUCAAAUCGUGGGGACUACCGGGCCCUUGUCCCAGCAGAUACACCAGAAGUGUCUGAGGCAGAUACACCAGAAGUGUCUGAGAUGUUGACAGGUGACAGAAAGUUUGGUUUGUGGGGUGUGUGCUAUUGUGGCUGUGACAGAGCCUCAUCGUUCAAGUGUGGUCCCGUCAUAGGUGAUCAAUGUGAGGAAUGCCAAGAUUUGCAGAAAUCGCUGGAUAAAGCCUCUCCUCUGAAGUGUAUGUAUGGGCAUGAUCUGGAGCGUGCCGUCUACGGCUUCUCGUGCGACGCGUGCGGCCGAUUUACGAAAGGAUUCGAAUUCGAGACCGCUUUGCGAUGCCGAGCCUGCAAGGCAGAUUUCUGCGCCGAGUGCUACAUGUCUCGAAGCAAGAUCGCAGCAGAAAGUGGAACUAUGCCUUCCGAGCUCAACUAUAUCAAAAAACUGGCGGCCGAUCUCUUGAGUGCCGCAGAUGGUCUACAGCACAAUUUACAUUCUUCUGCGCUGAAGUCUCGAGCAGCUGGACUAUUGGCCAACCAUGCGCUCAACUCGUCGGCUGCGAAUGCAGACAGCGAAGCAGUGAGGACGGUUGCCCGCUACACCGUAGACGAGAAGCUCCAGAACCAUGCAGUCAAUAUGGUCGUGGUGAAAGGUGACAUCUCCUGGCACUGUGACUUCUUGGGUUUCUGCAUCGAGAGGCUGUCCAGCAACGGCCUAAAUGGAGCCCAGUAUCAAGCAGAGAAGCGACGCUGCAUGCUGUUCCUGAGCGAUUUGCGACAGCUGGGAGACAAGACCAAGGACACGUUUGCAAACCUUCGGUUUCGUGAGCUCCUGCUGCAGGCUGCUGAAUUGGAAGACAUGCAGCUGGAUCUUCUUCCAUUUCUUGUCUUGGCACGGGAUGAAGCAUUGCUACAGCCUCUGUUGCUAAAGAAGGAGGAGCUGGAGCACCUGACCGAAGAGAUUCAGUAUUGGCACAGGAUGGACGACCAGGGAGACCAGCAGCCUAUUUUCGUUUCAUCCGGUCAUCCUUACCAAGAAGGUAUGCAGGAGGUCGUAUCCCUACCCAAUGUGAAGGGGCUCACAGUGAUGUUCAGCCCCGUCAGUGCCACGUUGAACAGCAAGAGCUCUUUGACAAUCGCACCAUCGCCGUCAUCGCAUGUUUCCCGAAGGUCGUCAAGAGCAGCAUCAUCUGCAGAGGCGGCUCGCGAGUUCUGUGGCUCCGAUAAGGAAAGGUGGACUACCUGCGACUUUGAUGGCACAGACACCCUGAUCUUUACUUUCGAAACUGAUGGAGAAGGCUCUGCUGAGGAGCGUCGUGGUUUCACGGCGGCCGUUGUUCCCAUCCAAUAUGGCCAAGAUGUGGAAAUGCUGAGCAAAGUGACCACAGACCUAGAAUCGACUGCACUCGUGAUCAGCGCUGAGUUGGAAAUUCGAGAAGCCAAGAAGAGGAAGCAGAGGCCGUUGUUUCCUGCGCUUGUGUCGGUCGUGAAGGAAUAUUCUUUCUCUGGUGAUGUUCAGCGAGCGGCAGAGUUGCUCCAAUCGGUGUUGGUGUGUCUCGGGCGUUCCACGCGGCUGGAGUUUGGCAACACGGAAGUCACUGAAAGCCUUGGGCUGCCGUCCGUCGCUGUGACCAAGCUUGUGCAGCAGGCUAUGUCCACUGCGACUCAGAAGGAUCAGGCUGGCACCGUUUUUCAUGCGUGGCUGGAAGAGAUCAGGCAGGCCGUGAAGUUUCGCGAGUCGGUCUCCCAAGAGGCCCAAAAGCUUGCGUUGCCGAUCGUGGCUCAGGUGGGCCCUUGCUUGGGAGACCUGCGCUUGGAGCUUCUCGAGGAAUCUUUGGCCAAGCUCGAGAAAAUUCAUGCGGCCGUAGCCACGGCAAGCAAGGAGUACUCGCUGGCGCAAGGCAGGAUGCGCUACCACGCCUGGGAUCAGUUGGCACUUCUCAUCGCAAGCCGCAAGCUCCCGGAGGGAGUUCGUCUGGUCCAGAGCUGCCAUCCGUACGCUGCGCAGCGCCACGAGUACAAAAUCAGUCUGGACAUGGAGGCUCCCAAGGUGCUGGUAGCCUUCGCACCUUGCAGUUGCACGUAUGACUCGUAUUCCAGAGUCGUGAUUGGCGACUCGAAAUUCUAUCGCGCAGGCCCCUGGUCGGCCGGAACCGUGGAGGUGGAGGUGGGAAAGAAGCCAAUCGCCAUCAGCUUCAAAACCGAUGGCGAUGGGCGUGGGAGCCCCCAACAGCGCUGGGGCUUCUUGGCCCUCCUGGCGGACAGCCGCUCGGUGAGCUUCGGCAGCUUGGCCGAGGCCGCGCAGAGGAUUGCAGAGACGAUGGCGGGAGCGGAAGCUGAAAGUUCCUGCACGCAGCUGUACUUGGAUGCCUCGAAGGCAGAAGCAGCAUUGUCAGAGGUCCUUGACGGCCUGCCUCCACAACUAGACGAGAUCUUGGAGUUGUUGGGAGCUUCGAUGCAUGUCCAUCGAGCUGUUGAAGACACAUGCAAGCAGAUGUGCAUCUUCUUGGCACGCAUGUGCAGAUGGUUCGAUGGCCCAGAGCUGGAGAAUUAUUUGAUGCAGUGGAAGCAGAAGUUCCCAGAGCUGGAGGAGCGCAUGGCAGACGCUCGCAAGGCAAGCACAACAAACCCGACCAGUAUGUUCUGGUGCUUCAACGAUGAUGGAUCAAUGGUCAAACAUGCCGACAAGCUCAUUGACCAGUUCUUCUACUGCGGCCAGCAGAUUGAAGGGACCAGGGAGACUUGCUCCCCAGCAGCACAGUGCAAAUCUUGUGGGCUCUUCCAAAGUGAGGUGCUCAGAGGCUACACCCGCCAAACCGGGAUAGUAUCGUCAUUCGCCGAAGAGGCUCGUCAAGACUUUGAAGAAGUCACUGACUCGACCGAUUCGAGGACGUUACGUAGAUCUACAUAG